UAUUCAAAACCCACCCAACCGCCCACAUACCAUCCCGCCAUUACAGAGCGUAGUGUUGUUGGCUGAUUCUGCCAAUUGUCAAGAGAAAUGGGUUUGAAGAAGCUCCUAAAUGCCAAUUCCAAAAAAGCUCUGCAAAUCUCCACACCACCACCACUCUCUCCAAUCCCACAACCACCACCGCCACCAACCCAUCUCACCCCACUCCCAACCCUCACUCUCUCCGGCCACCACAACCACACCCACACCCACCUCCUCCACUACCUCAACGCCCACCUCGCCCAACCCUUCACUCCCACCCACCUCCUCUACUUCCUCAAAUCCAAGCUCCACCACCACCCUUCCUUCACCCACUUCGACUUCCACAUCUUCAACUGGGCCUCCACCAUCGACUCCUUUCGCCACGACCACUCCACUUUCGAGUGGAUGGCUCGCACUCUCGCAAUCUCUCACCGCUUCGCCGACCUUUCCUCCCUCCUCCAAUUCUUCGCCUCCAAUCCCUGCCCUUGCUCCGACGGUAUUUUCUCCUGCCCACGAACCGAACCCAUAUUCAGAUUUUCGAUCAAUGCUUAUUGUAGAGUUGGGAAGUUGGAUGAUGCUGUUGUUGCCUUUGAAUCUAUGAAAAAACUGAUUGAUGGGAGGCCUAGUGUGGCGCUAUAUAACAUUUUGAUUCAUGGGUUUGUGAAAUGUGGGAAGCAUGAUGAUGCACUGAAGGUGUUUGAUACAAUGACUAAGGACCGGGUUAAGCCGGAUGUGUAUACGUUUAAUAUUUUGAUUAGUAGUUAUUGUAGGAAUUCGCAGUUCGGGUUAGCUUUGGAGUUGUUUAAGGAGAUGAGGGAGAAGGGGUGUAGUCCAAAUGUGGUUAGUUUUAACACUUUGAUUAGGGGGUUCUUUAGGGAGAGGAAGUUCGAUGAAGGUGUUUCAAUGGCUUAUGAGAUGAUUGAAUUGGGGUGUGAGUUUUCGAGUGUGACUUGUGAGAUUUUGGUUGAUGGGCUUUGCAGAGAAGGUCGGGUUUCGGAGGCGUGUGAGAUAUUGGUUGAUUUUUCGAGGAAAGGAGUGUUGCCUAAUGGGUAUGAUUAUUACGGUCUAAUGGAGGCACUUUGUGGGAAGGGAAAUGCAGGUAGAGCAUUGGAGGUUGUGGAUGAGUUAUGGGGGAAAGGAAAUGUUCCAAGCUUGAUUGCUUGUACUACUUUGAUUGAAGGAUUGAGGAGGUUAGGGAGAAUUGAUGAAGCACUUAGACUGACAGAGAGGAUGCUUAAAGAGAGUAUAAUUCCGGAUAGUGUGACCUUUAAUUGUCUCCUUCAAAGUCUUUGCGAUGUGGGAAGAACUGUGGAAGCAAAUAGAUUGAGGUUGCUGGCUUCAAGCAAGGGUUUGGAUUCAGAUGGAAUGACCUAUAGUAUUUUGAUGUCUGGUUAUACAAGAGAGAGAAAGCAGAAGGAAGGGGAAGUGGUGGUGGAUGAGAUGUUGGAUAGGGGGUUCAUACCCAAUAUUGCUACAUAUAAUAGGUUGAUGGAUGGACUUGCUAAUGCAAGAAGUUCUGUGCAGCGCCAAGCCAAUGUUAUUGGUAACUGAGUAUAUCAGCAUCUUUCAAAUACGUUUUGAUUUCAGUGCUUGCACUUGUUUGGAAACAAUUGUAAAUUCUUGAUUGAUAAUGAGGAAAAUGUCCUCUUUUGUCUUAGUCAUCAGAGAUUUAGGUAUUUGGUGAUGAUUGCAAGCUCCUUGUGCCGGUAAAUUGUUGAUGUUGUGGGUUACUUGGUUGCAUUAGCACCAAUACAUCUUGUAUUCACCUUUGUUAGUCUUAAAGUAACAUACAUGGUGUCUAAAUUAUUGUUUUUUGAGAUGAACUUAGAGGAGAUAUCUUUACCGUGUCUCUGAAGUCUAAACUGACAUUUGUAAUCUACAGUAAUAUUACAUUUUUGUUAUCAUUCUGUCUUUUCUAAGAUAUCUUGAGCACAUUUAAAGCUGCUCACAAAGACAACUCUGGUACCUUAACUGUUAAAGAAUUCCAAGAUGUGAUAGAUGACAUGACAUCCUCAUAAGGUAUCCCAAGUGGAUCUCUAUGUAAAAAGCAAGCAUCUGAGGGAUGUAACAGAUCUGCUGAAAGAACACCAGGGGAAUGAUCAGAAGGAAGUGGAUGUUGAAGGGUUUAAGUUACUCCUUUCUCAUGUAGAUUUGCACGUGAAGUCUGUCUGCUGCUGUACAGGUACAAGCAUUUUGGGCAAUUAAACCUUUGGAGGAUAGCAGGCAGCUGCAGAGGUACCUGGAGACUAGGUUUCAAUGGGCCACGCCACCACGGCACUCAUUGCUCUGGCAUUCUGUAUAUGCAAGCAAGCAACUGAGCUGGCAUACAAGGAUGUUAGCUGUAUCUGAUUGGAUGAGAAGUUUCAUUGUUGGGAGAGAUUCAAGCCGAAUUUGAGGCAACAUUUGGGAGGCCCUUAAAUUUGUAAAUAACCUCAAGUUGUAUUGGUACUUGCAAUUGCAGUCGCAUAUGUUUUGUCUAUUAUUGCCACACACACACACACACACACACACACACA